CUAAUUCGCCUCAUCGUCCAGCAAGCCCGCAGACUGCGUCAGACCCUCUUCUAUCAUCGGCUUAUCAUCGUAGCCAGUGAAGGCCUUGAGCAUCUGACGCCACGUCAGCAGCUCGACAGAGAGGUGCUCGUACCUCCCUGUCCUCACUGUUGAGAUGAUAGUUCCUCCUCCUGCUGGCGCCUCAGAGAUCUCUGCUGCUCUCCGAUCUCCUGUGCCAUUUUGAGCGUGGUAACCCAGUCCAAUAACUUCUAGUCCUUGGUCACGGCGUCUGCAGCGCACACGCACACACACACAGACAAAGACACCCAUGUGGCACGGUAGGUGAAUCGCCGGGUCGCUUUCUUCCUUCCUCUCUGUCGUCAUGUGUGUGUGUGUGUGUGGUUCUCCCUCCCUCUGUGUGUGUGGGCGGUGCAUGCGAACCAGGGGGCGGUGUGCAGUAAUGUGUUUGGUACAGCGGGGUGAGUUGCUGUGUGUUCGCUAGAAUGAGCUGGUCGGUCGACAGAAGGCGCUGUGUGAGCCGUGCAUGGCUGCUGGUGCACUCGAUUGGACGGCGUACUUGGUCUGCUUUUGUCGGUCGGCACAGCUGCGAGUACUGGUGGCGCAGAACUGGAGGCGGGCACACACACCGUCAAAGUUCCGUGCAACAGCUCUCUUCCUCGCGCACCCUAUCUCCUUGUCUCGCGCAUUUCAAAGGAUGCCCAUCAAUCAGCGUAGCCGGUGAUGGAUGGCUAGUUGGCUGGCCCUGAGCAUCACACACGGCUUCGUUCAGCAGCUCGACAGAGAUGACAUUGUGUGUGCUUCUGCCCACCUGUCUGUCUGUCUGUCUGUCUGUUGUCGUCACUGUUGAGAUGAUGCUUCCUCCUCCUGCUGGCGCCGUAGAAGAUUCUCAUCCUAACGGACUUCCCAUAUCUUUCUGACCUGGUUCAUACGGCGGAAGACGUCCUCCCUCAGCUCCUUCAAGUCCUCCACGCUCAUGGUCUCCGAGAAACCUGUCUGGUACAU